AUGGAGGAACAAAGAGAAAAUGAUAAUUUGGAAUAUAUAAAAGAGCAAAAUCAGGCUUACGCUCGACGUAUGAUUACGACAAUUGCUAUUACGUUGACCAUUUUAGCUGUUUUCUUGGUCACUUUAUCAUUGUUACUUGGUUCAAGGAUUGAUCAAAUAGUAAAUGAAAAAUUUGAUACAAAUAUGAAAAUUUCUGGCAGUGAAUUAUUUCUUGGACCAAAAACAAAUAUUACCAAUUUUGAUGAAUCUGAAAUAACAACAACAACAACAACAACAACAAACAAUAAAAACAACAAACAAUAA